AUGGCCGCCGCGGGGACGCAGCAGCUGGGUCGGCUUCUCGGCGGUCUCUGGUUCCUGGCCGCGUUGCUGCGGCCUGGCGGCGCGGCGGCGGCGGCCGGGCAGCCGGCGGUGGCCACGGUCCAUGCGCGGCGCGCCGUCGCGGCGACCGGGGAGGACUUCGUGUGCGCGACAUUGGACUGGUGGCCGCCGGACAAGUGCGACUACGGCACCUGCGCCUGGGGCCGCGCCGGCCUGCUCAACCUGGAUCUCUCCAACAAGGUCCUGCUCAAUGUCGUCAGAGCCUUCUCGCCGCCGCUGGUGCUCCGCCUGGGAGGGUCGCUGCAGGACAAGGUGGUGUACGGCACGGCCGACCUCGGCGGGCGGCCGUGCGCGCCGUUCGCCAAGAACGUGUCGGAGAUGCAUGGCUUCACGCAGGGCUGCCUGCCCCUGCGCAGGUGGGACGAGCUCAACGCCUUCUUCCAGAAAUCUGGUGCCAAGAUUGUGUUCGGGCUCAACGCGCUAAAUGGCCGCGUUCCGUUGCCGGAUGGAUCCGUGGGAGGGCCAUGGGAUUACACCAAUGCGGCGUCACUGAUUCGGUACACCGCAAACAAGGGCUACCGAAUUCAUGGAUGGGAGCUUGGAAAUGAACUCAGUGGUACUGGAGUCGGAACUCGGGUUGGCGUGGACCAAUAUGCUGCGGAUGUGAUCACCCUAAAAAAAUUAGUCGACGACAUAUACCGAAGCAAUCCAUCAAGACCAUUGGUGCUUGCUCCUGGAGGAUUCUUUGACCAAGCCUGGUUUAGCCAACUUAUUGUCAAAACCAAGCCAAAUCUACUGAAUGUGAUCACCCAUCACAUUUACAAUUUAGGACCAGGAAAGGACACGCAUCUGAUUGACAAGAUUCUCAAUCCAUCAACCCUCGACGGAAUGAUAGGCACAUUCAGCAAUCUUCAGGGGAUGCUGAAAUCCUCAGGAACAUCGACCGUCGCAUGGGUUGGGGAAGCUGGAGGCGCUUACAACAGCGGACGGCACCUUGUCACUGAUGCAUUUGUGUUCAGCUUCUGGUUUUUAGAUCAGCUUGGGAUGUCAGCAAAGUAUGACACAAAGAGCUAUUGCAGACAGAGUUUGAUUGGUGGCAACUACGGCCUGCUAAAUACCACAACGUUCCAACCAAACCCUGACUAUUACAGUGCUUUACUGUGGCAUCGCCUCAUGGGAACCAAAGUUCUAGCAACAACAUUCAGCGGCACGAACAAGAUCCGCGCAUAUGCGCACUGCGCAAGAGAUUCACCAGGAAUCACUCUACUGCUGAUCAACCUCAGCGGCAACACGACGACCCAAGUCUCAGUGACAACCCAAGGGGCCGUCGCGGCGCACAAGCAUGGUGCAAGGAAGCACGUCGGCGGCAGAAAGUUCCGGCACGUCCACGCCCCCAGUUUCACCGUCGUCGAUGACGCGGCGGCCGGUGCCGUGAGAGACGAGUACCAUCUCACCCCCAAGGACGGCAACCUGAGGAGCCAGGUCAUGCUGCUGAACGGCAAGGCGUUGGCCACCGACGCGGCAGGGAACAUCCCGACACUGGAGGCUGUCAGUGUGGAUGCGGCACAGCCCAUCGCUGUGGCGCCGUACUCCAUCGUGUUCGCUCGCAUUUCACAUUUCAAUGCCCCGGCAUGUAGUUAG